AUGGCGCCUACGCAGCCAGAGCCGACCUAUACGGUUUUCGUUCGACUCCCAUUUCCUAGAGGCGACUUUGUCGAUCCUCCGCCUACGAAUUGGGAUUCUUCUAAAGAUGAAGUCCUCUGGAGCAUCGUAUCUCGUCCUUAUAAGACGGAAAUAGACUGGAAUGAUAUCGCAAAUCAAUUCGGGGUUACAGUCGACUUCCUCCUCCAGCAAAUUACCUGGCUCAGCAAUCAUCGUACCUCCCAAAUCCAAACGCAGUUACGUAGGGCCGCUACAGCAUCUAAGGGUUCAGUACCGUCGCCUCAGCCCAGACCUGAUGGCAUGUUCUCCGCAGAACCUAUGCGACGCACCGGAUCUGGUGAUAGGUCGGUUCGAGCACCAUCAGCAUUGUCGAUUAGGAAGGACUCUCCUCUACCGCGUAACGAUGGUAGUGUCCCCGGUACGCCAAUGAGAAGCACUCCACGACCGACCGUGACGCGCACGUCUUCAUCUAACACCGCUGUCCAUGCAGCUCGCAACCUGGUCGGCAGUGGCAAAGCUCCUGGAAAGUCCAACGUUGAUCUCCAGCGCCACCGUCUCUCAUCCCUCCCCAUCACGACAUCCGUCGAUGACGAGAACGAUAAUGAGAACCAGAACACCGAACCAACUUCCCCAGGACCAACCGAGUCCAGCGAGUCUGCAACUUCUUCAUCCUCCUCAAGCCCCGCGCAGUCCAGAAUCAUCCGCCGACCCCCACGGUUUCAAGGCACCGAUGCCGCACCCUCCUCCUUUGCUGAUGACGAAGACGACGACGAAGAUGAUGAUGGCGAACCGGCCUUCCUACCUUACCAGCCACAAGCAGAUGGCAGCAGCGGCGCGCAGCACGACCUCAGCGCCACACUCCGUGGCAACCCAUCGCGCGAUUACGUGAAGCGCCACGCUGCUGCAAAGGGGUCAACCCGUAUCCAUCGCUCGCAAACCUCGGACUCGUCGAACUCCACGGCCCCGUCCGGGCUUAGUGGUAGUCGAACAGGAGCGGGCGGCGUCCCACUGUCGCCGCGAAGGACGACAGAAACUGUAGGACGUAGCCCUGGGGCGAGGUACUCGAAGAAUAGUGAUAGUGGUACGCCAAGUAUGGGGAGCAGUUUUAGUGAUCUUGAUGAUACUUCAGUAACGCAGUCUGCGAUGGAGGAAGUGAUUGCGAGCCAGAUACAACAUGGCGCGAUAAGUAGUCUUAUCAAUGCAACCUUCCGGAGCAGGUAUCUCCCUGGUAAUAAUUAG